AUGGCAUCAGCUGUGAAGGGAAAGAUUUUGGCUGUCAUCGGAGACGAGGACACCGUCGUCGGAUUCUUGCUCGGAGGUGUUGGAGAGCUCAACAAGGCUCGCAAACCGAACUACUUGAUUGUCGACAAGUCGACGACUGUUCAAGAGAUCGAGGACGCCUUCAAAGGAUUCUGCGCUCGUGACGAUAUCGCCAUCAUUCUCAUCAAUCAGCAUAUCGCUGAGAUGAUUCGUUACGCUGUCGACCAACACACCCAAUCCAUUCCAGCCGUGCUCGAAAUCCCAUCCAAGGAGGCUCCAUACGAUCCAUCAAAGGACUCGAUUCUCAACAGAGCUCGCGGAUUGUUCAACCCAGAGGAUUUCCGAUAA